CCAGAACUUCCACUCCCGUUGUCUGAAGCCAGUUCAUUCUCCGGAAAGAUAGCCGUCUCUCUCCAUUUCUAUACUCCCUCCCUCCUCUCUAUAUCUCUAUACUUCGUCUCUUUUUUAAAGCCUCAACCCCACCCUUAAAACCCUAAAUAAGAACCUUCCUCUCUCCAUCUCUCCCUUAACCCCAAAAAUGUCCUCAAGCGGCCCCCUCUCCCCCUCCCUGGCCCCCCAAAUCGCCUCCGCCUGCAUCCACACCUCUCCCCUCUCCGACGUCCAAGCCCCCCAAACCCUCCACCGCAUCGCCCUCCUAAACACCUGGUUCCCCUCCGGCGUGCGCCCCGGAACCCGCAUCCUCGAGCUCGGCUGCGGCCAAGGCGACACCACCGCCGCACUGGCCCACCUCGUCGGGCCCACGGGCCACGUCACAGCACUCGAUCCCGCGCCGCUGGACUACGGCGCCCCCGUCACGCUCGGCGAAGCGCAGUCGCAUCUGAGUAAAGGGGUAUAUGGGGAUCGGAUUACGUGGGUGCAGGCGGAGGUGGUGGAGUGGCCUGAGGCGCUUGAAGGACUAAAGAAGGGGGGAAAGGGUGAAGAGGAGGGGUUUGUGUUUGAUGCCGUUGUAUUGGCGCACUCGAUCUGGUAUAUGGCCGGCCGCGACGUUCUAGGGAAGAUCUUCGAGGGAUUGAGGGGGAAGACGGGGAGGGUGUGUGUUGCGGAGUGGUCCCUCCAAGCGUCCGUCCCGUCGCAGUUUCCGCAUGUCUUUGCGGCGCUGACAAGGGCGGCCUUGGAGGCGCAGAGGACGGGCAGUGAGGAGAACAUCCAGAGUCCGUUGGCGCCGGUAGCAAUUAAGGAGGUGGCGGAGGCGAGUGGGUGGAGGGUUGGGAGUGAGAGUGUGAUAACGCCGGGGGAGGGCAUGAUGGAUGGGGAGUGGGAGCUGGGGACGGUGAGGGCGGAGGGGUUUUUUGGGGAUGUGGAGAGGGACGUGGGUGACGGAAGAGUGAGGGAGGUAGUGUUGAGUUUGAGGACCGCGAUGAUGGGAGCGUUGAGAGCGGCGGGGAAGGAGGGGGUAAGGAGUAUGGAUGUUUGGGUGGCGGAUUUUGCUUGA